GAGCACAACGUCGAUGACGAUUCUGAGUUUCGAAAAAUGCGAUAAGCGCGAUGCUGUGCGAGCGAGGCGAGAAUAGUGCGGAAAAAUUGGGUCGAUGCGCGGAAGAUGGCGGCCGCUGCGUGGUGCGCGUAGGAAGUCUCCGGUCCUGCUCGGAAAACAUGAAGGAACCGCGGUAAGGGUGUACGUUGACGUUGACCCACGUCGCGCGAGUCGUCGUACGCCGAGACCGUAGGUGGACGCGUCGUCGGCUCUUCCGCCUCGAGACGCCGAGGCCGAGAGUGUCGCGCGUGUUGUUUACGACGAAAGCGGCAGGAGCAGCGGCCCCGCAGCAGAAUAAGCAGCUCUCCCUGGGUCCUCGCGGGGCUCUACGACGACGACGACGAGUCGGAGGCGAGCCUCCUGGUGCGCGGCGUCGUCGCGAUCCGCGAUUCGCGGUGACAGAGUGAAGUGGCGAGACACAUCCUCGAGGUGCUGGAGGAGGAGGUGGGGGGGAGGGAAGGAAAAAGGAAGACACACACAGCGGAGACCCCGAGAGACUGGAGAGAUAAAGCGUUGCCGGACUUCGGCCCGGUGAGAAGACCAGUAGAGAUGCUGAAGCAAUUGCAGAUGGGGAUGAGAGCUUUCCUCUUAAUGGCCUCCCGCGUGUGGACCUGCGUCUGCUUUCUACUCAAGAAGCAGGUUAGAGCCAUCUCGCAAAUGCAACCAGUCAAAUAUGAAAUCUUCCCACUUUCACCUUUAUCUAGGCACAGACUUAGUAUAGUUAAAAGAAAAGUAUUAGUAUUGGAUUUAGACGAAACAUUAAUUCAUUCUCAUCACGAUGGAGUGGCAAGGCCGACUGUCAGGCCUGGCACCCCUCCUGAUUUUGUUCUUAAGGUUACAAUAGACAGACAUCCUGUUAGAUUUUUCGUUCAUAAAAGACCACACGUAGACUUUUUCUUGGACAUUGUUAGUCAAUGGUACGAGCUUGUAGUCUUCACUGCAUCCAUGGAAAUUUAUGGGGCAGCAGUCGCAGAUAAACUAGAUAACAACAGAGGUAUCUUAAGGCGCAGAUAUUAUAGACAACAUUGUACACCUGAAAUGGGUUCCUAUACCAAAGAUCUGUCGGCAAUCUGCUCAGAUCUCUCCUCAGUCUUUAUUCUUGAUAACAGCCCAGGGGCUUACAGAGCCUAUCCACAUAAUGCGAUACCUAUAAAAUCAUGGUUCAGCGAUGCGGGAGAUACCGCUUUAUUAAGCUUACUUCCGGUCUUGGACGCUCUUCGUUUCACGCAAGAUGUACGAUCCGUUCUUUCAAGGAAUUUACAUUUACAUCAUACUUGGUAGCAUAACUGAGAUUAAGCGAUACACUAGAUAUUCUAGAAAUGAAACUGCUAACAGUUUCAGUUAGUGUGUCUAGCCUAGGAUUAUUAUUGUUAUUGAUAAUAGCAACAUUAGAUCGCUGCCCGUAUAAUGAGAGAAUCAAUGAGAGAAAGAGAGAGAAAGAAAGAGAGAGAGAAAAAGAAUCCCCUUCUUCAAUCCUUGUUUUUUUCUAUACUCGAUAAACAAUGACGAGUAAAUAUCGAAGGAAAGUGGUGUAUUCAGCCAAUAAUUAUGUCAGCACAAAACAUCCUAGGAUAAUUCUUUAUGUUGUAUAGUCCCUAUGUAUGCAAAAAAUCGUGAAUUGAAUUUUUUUUUAUUUCCUCUAUUAUACACAAGCCUUUGCCAAAGACCGAAAGAUACGAAAAUAAGAUAGGACUACUAGCCUGCAAGGUUUUUCGUUUUAGGUAAGAUUACUUAAAAGUUUUUAUUUAUAUAUUCUGGUAGACACACAUUAUGGAAGGAAAAGGGAAUGAAUAUCGAAAUGAGAAGUACUUUUGUUAUUGUAUAUUAUUUACCUAGGAUGUAUAGAAGAGAGAGAG